AAACUGUUGAGAAUCACCGAGUUAACAUUUAGUGCUUUAUACCACUCACUGAGAAACUGCUCAACAUUAACAAUGGUCAUCCUGAGGUGUUUGUUGGCUGCCGUCUUGUUGGCCGGUUCGCAGGCCAAGUCCGUCCGGCAGAAUGGCUGUCCGUUCUUCUGUCCGUUCAUCCACAUGCCUGUCUGCGGGUCGGACGCUGUCACCUAUGGCAACCAGUGUGAGCUGGAAAUCGCCGCCUGCCAACUCGCCGCACAGUUCUCUAACGAGCCCGACUUCGAACCCUUGACCACCGCCUAUCAUGGCGCGUGCGGAUCCGUUAGGGACGACGCCAAGCGUCAGUUCGACCUCUGGGAUUUGAACUCAGGGUGCCCGAUGAUUUGUCCGGCUCACUACUCGCCAAUCUGCGGCAGCAACGGCCUGACGUACGGCAACAUGUGCGAACUCAACGCCGCCUCCUGCGUCGCAGAGGCCAACAACUUGGAGCCUAUCACCGUGGCGUACCAUGGUGACUGCAAUGGUGGCGGCAUUUUUGAGCCUUUCGAGCCUUUGAUGGUGUCCUAAAUUGUCAUCCCGCUUUCAUCACCAGAGGGUGACUUCGACAACAGUGUCAUGAAAGAAGGAUGAAAUGAAUUCUCAUUCUUUGAAUAAAAACGUAGAUCAGCA